CAUCGCUGCCGGGCUCGGACUCGGAAGGCGAGGAACGCAACCAGACGGACGGCCGCGACCCCAUGGACGUCGACGCGGACGCCGAGCCCGGCUUCGACGAGCCGCUGCCCGUGCUGGCCCCCGCCACCGCCCUCUACCCGUUCGAGGCAUCGAGCGAGGGUUCGAUCCCCAUGGAGGAGGGCGAGCAGCUGCUGGUGAUCGAGCUGGACCAGGGCGACGGCUGGACGCGGGUGCGGCGCCAGCACAGCCUCGAGGAAGGCUUCGUGCCCACCGCUUACCUGCAGAUCCACGCCGAGCGCUGAGGCGACGCCGCCAGCGCUCCCGCCGGCUGCGGCGGCCCGCCACGCGCUACUGGGCUCCCAACGAAGCAACGCUCUAUUUUGGACCGCGAGAUUAUUGUCAGUGUCGGCGCGGGAAGGUUUUCGGCGCGGAUGGCGAUUAUUUUCGACGCUUGAGGACUGGAGCGUUUUGGUUCCGGCGUUCUGGCGUGUCUUGGCUGGCGGUAAGUUGCCAGCUUCUCGCUGGCCCCGUGGGCGCCAGUGGCUCCGUCGGUGGCGCGCGGCCGCGCCGCGCUACAUUCGAGCCAGAGUGACGACUCCCCUCCCCCCGCCCCCAUCGCGCUGCGGUCGUUCAUUUAGUCGUCGGCAUACGUCGCGUAAUCAUCGAGGUCGGUGGACGCCGACUUCUUAGCCCCGUGCCAGUGAACGAGGGAUUGUAGUUCCAUUUUCCCGCCGUGUUGUAUGUGUUUAGUUUUUUUGUGGAUUCUUAACUUUACUUGCCGACUCUGGUGGUCGCCGUUUAUGUUGAACUCCUCGCCCUGAGGAGAUUAUGUACGUUUGCGUUUUGGUAGGAACGGCGAUUUGUGUACGGAGGACUGGCACUGGGCUGGCCGGCGGUGGUUCCAUGUUCAGAAGGCUGUGUUCUUUUUCACGACGCAGCCGGCGGUACCUGGGACCGUCUGGUGGUGUGUCAUAUCCCGGUGGGGAGGGGCGGAGGCGUCGCGGGCCGCUGUCAGAUGGCGGAGAGGCGAGCAGCCCCAAGUGCAGCGGUAUCGGCGGCCUCCGCGCCCCCGGCUGGACGCGGGGGUCGUCUGUCAGAGUCCGGCUCUGCGGCGACGAAGUACAGGAAUGUUGUUCUCGUGAGCCUCUCGCCGCUGGGCGGGUUUCGCCUCCUGAUUUACGGACUAUGUGACACUGCGACCAUCUUAGAGCCCCCUUUCUUUUCUUUCUAUGCCUAGCCUAUCCUAAGUCUCGUCCUCGCUGUUCUGAAGCGGAGCUUCUCGGUAGAUAUUAAGUGCAAACCAAGUAUUGCCAAACUGCGCUCGGUGAGUCAUGCCAUGAUAGAGUGAGUGUUAGACGAUGACUAGAAUGAAUGUGUCCUCCAGUUUUACUCUGGCCUUUUGUGGCAGGUCAAGCAAAUCUCAGCUGUUUUCUGCGCUGUGUGUCACUGUGGUUCCAGAGCGAGAAAAAGGCAUUUGUCGCGUCUAGCUCAAUUUGAGCUCCUUGAGUAAGUAAUCAAUCCAGGAAAAAAUGACAACUGCUGAUAUCUUAUGCAAAUAUUUUAGUACACCGUGAUAGGGUGGCAUGAUGAUGCCAUGUUCAGGACAAGAUGCGUCAUAAUUUCGGCUGCAUCGUCGGAGCUGGCUCUCCAGUCAGCCAAUGCAGCAUGCGUGUUCUUCGGCGGUGGAGAUCUGUGCGCUGUGUCUGCCGCCUGGCACUGCAGCCACCGGACCCCUGCGCCGCCCGACGCUGUGUCGGCGUCGCAGAGCGUGGCGCCGCGCCGGCGGACCGGACGGCAGUGCCGGGACUGGGACCCCUCUCAAAGGGGACGUCCGGCCGCGGGCAGACGGCCAGCUGCUGCGGCUGGCUUCCGUGAGAGCUUCUCUGUGACCGCCCUGCCCCGAGGACGGCGCGGGGAGCGCCUCUGCCGCGCCCGCUGCCGGUCCGGCGCCGCUGCCGCCAGCUUCGUCUCGCCGCCGCCCUGUGGCGUCAUCAGUGUUGAGCCGUGCCUGUGCGCCUCCCCCCCCCCCCCCCCGCUCUCCUUCUCCUCGCAGUGCCGUAUGGGCCGCAGUCUGCGCCGUUUCGACGCAGGUCAGCUGGGCCAACAGGAGUGCGGCGCCGCGUCGGGCGUCUCCUGAUCGGCAACAGGACCGGCGCCCCGCGCUCCGUGUGCAUUUCGUCCGUGUAUGUAUGUGUGUGUGUGCUCGUGCAUCAAAGGCGUCGUAACUAGCGUAUUUAUCACUGGAUCCCAAUUGCCGUCACUCAAUACAGAGAACUACCGUACG